CCUCUGAGCACAACCGCGCUCCAGGCUUUAUCACACACCCACAGAGACGUGUGUGCGUUUUCUUCACGCCUCAUUGUCAGGUCUAUCACUUGAGGCGGAGGAGAGGCACACGCAACUUUUGCUCAGAGCGGCGCGUCGCGGGAGCGGCUGGACGCGGAUUCAGCAGACUGUUCUGGCUGAUGGAGCGACUGCGUGUCUCCUGUGGUUAAAAUCUCCUGUAAAACGGGAUUUCGGCGCAUUUGGACACAAAAAAAUUGAGAGGAGCCCUAAAACCUUAUCCAACGUUUACGGGUGAAAAUGUAACUCAGCUUCCAUCGAAGAGUCAAGCUGUUAACCCUUUCAUCAGCAAUCAAAUUAUUUAAAGAAAAUCACACGUGCAAAUCAUCAUUUUUCCUUACAUGAUAACCAAAGAUGGGUUGUUUUGUUUAUUUUUAAAAUACGUAGUGUGUGCUCCGACAUGGUGAAGUCAAAUGUCAGCCGGAUCAUAGCAGCCGCUGCAGAGAUGCAGGACAGUCACUCCGAUGACAAGCUGGAUCGGUACAUGGACAGCUAUGACAUGGACUAUAGCGUCCCCCCUGAUGAGAUCCCAGACACAACACAGGGACAGGCCUUCUUUGUGGCCACCAUCGUCAUCGGCAUUGUCCUCGUGUGCAUCAUGCUCGUUUGUGGCUUGGGAAACUUCAUAUUCAUCGCCACGCUGACACGUUACAAAAAGCUACGCAACCUCACCAACCUGCUCAUUGCUAAUCUGGCCAUCUCAGACUUUAUCGUGGCGGUGGUGUGCUGCCCGUUCCUGGUGGACUACUAUGUGGUGAAACAGCUUUCCUGGGACCAUGGAUUGGUGCUGUGCGCCUCUGUGAACUAUCUCCGGACGGUGUCGCUCUACGUGUCCACAAAUGCUCUGCUUGCCAUUGCAGUUGACAGGUACAUGGCCAUCGUCCAUCCUCUGCAACCUCGUAUGAAGUACCAAACAGCCUACUGCCUAAUAACAGGAGUCUGGAUUGUUCCCAUUCUGAUAUCCAUACCAUCUGCAUACUUUGCCUCUGAGACCAUGUACCCUCAUGUCGACAACAUCACGAACACUCACAAAGUCUUCUGUGCUCAGAUAUGGCCCGUUGACCAGCAGGCCUUCUAUCGGUCCUACUUCCUGUUUGUUUUUGCAAUCGAGUUUGUUGGACCUGUGAUCGUCAUGGCAAUGUGUUACGCUCGCAUUUCUCGUGAACUGUGGUUCAAAAAUGUACCCGGUUUUCAGACAGAGCAAAUAAGGAAAAGGCUGCGAUGUCGCCGCAAGACGGUAAUGGUUCUGAUUGGAAUUUUAACAGCAUACAUUCUGUGCUGGGCACCAUACUAUGGCUUCACUAUUCUGCGAGACUUCCAUCCAACUCUCAUCUCCCGCCAGAGAAACUCGUUGGUGGCUUUCUACAUCAUUGAGUGCGCUGCCAUGAGCAACAGCAUGAUCAAUACCUUCUGUUUUGUCAGUGUCAAGAAUAACACUGUUAAGUACCUGAAGAAGAUCGUACUGCUGCACUGGAGGUCAUCAUAUGUACCUAGCAAGAAUGCAGAUGAAAUAGAUGUAAGAACAUCCUCCAUGCCAGUCACAGAGGAAAUUGAAUGCAUUCACCUGAGGUGAGGACAAUAAACUGUUGACAUUAAAGCAUUGAUUUAAUUAUUUGGAGUUUUUUUCCCCUCGCAUUCCAGAAUAAAUUCAGUCCUUGUGAAGUACAAGUAAAUUAAACUCUCUGGAUAGGACGAGCUUAGGAAGUAGACCAGUAGACCAGGUGGUGUAAUCCCAGUUUCCUCAUUCCACACGUGCAAACUCUGCCAGUAAACUUCACGUUACCUCAAGUUUGUUCACCAGGGUCAAUGUGACUUCAUGUAUAUAAAACAGAAACUAAAAAGCUGUAUUAGAGACUCUACAGACAACAAGCGCUGAAUGAAUGGACGAUUGUAAUAUAAAAUCAGCGUCUGACCUUAAACUGGAGAAGGAGUUCCAUCCAUCCAUUUUCAGCCGCUUAUCCAGAGUCGGGUCGCAGGGGCAGUAGCCUAAGGCGAGAGUCCCAGACUUCCCUCUCCCCAACCACUUGGACCACCUCCUCCGGGGGAAUCCCAAGGCGUUCCCAUGCCACGUGCGAGACAUAGUCCUUCCAGCGUGUCCUGGGCCUCCCUUUAGGCCUCUUCCUGGUUGGACGUGCCCGGAAAACCUCACCAGGGAGGUGUCCAGAAUGAAUCCUGACCAGAUGCCAGAGCCACCUCAACUGGCUCCUCUCGAUGUGGAGGAGCAGCGGGUCUACUCCGAGCCCCUCCCAGAUGACCGAGCUUCUCACCCUAUCUCUAAGGGAGAGCCCAGCCCCUCUGCAGAGAAAACUCAUUUUUCAUUGGAGGAGUUACCUUAGAAAAUGAUGUUGUCUCAGCAGAUUGUAACUACUGUGCCAUUCUUACAGAUGUUACUGUAUAUUGUUCAGUUUUGUUGUCUGUAACAUAGAACUCUUGUUAUUGAUAACAGCAUAUGGUCCUUUGGCUAUAACUAGUAUUUGCUUGAAUCAACUUAGUUCAAAGUUGAUAUUUUAACAAAAAAACAACGAAAAAACUGGUUAUCUAAAAAAGCUGUGUUCUGUUGUUCUUUGAAAGUAUUACAAGUAAAAUAAAUUUUAUUGAUAAUUUGUCCUUGAAUAAAGUCAAAUAAAAUAAUGAAAAAAAGCAGUGUGUUGCAUUUCAUUUUAGAGAAAUGAGCAGGAAACUCCUUAACUGAUUUGUGUUGAAACAAUUAAGCAAAAAGAGUAAAUGCAAACAGGACAUGUCAGAUAGAUUUUUUCUAAUGUGACCGUGAUCCGAACUCAGUCUGAUGCAACAAACAUGUUCGUUGAGAGUUUGAGCCAAAAAGCUGUCCAAAGUCAGGAUUACCCUGCAUUCUGAAAUGCUAAACAGACUUCAGGAACUACUGAUCUCCCAUUUAGCUAAAAAUGAAAUGACGGAUGAUUAAAUGUAUUGCUUCACUAAAAUUAUAAACAUAUGUUUCAUGUUAUACCAUCACGCGUGCCUUCAGCUUUUGGCUGUGACAUCAAAACAUAAAGCAGGACCCACAUCAAGCUUUUUUGUAUUAAUCUUUUUUUUCUUUUUAAAUGCUCAUUUGUUUGUUUUGGGGUGUAAGAUAACCUGCUUGUUGUCUUUCUUCAAAGAUGUUUUAGAAUCACUCUUAGUCCUACCCCCCUCCUGGGACCAGGUUGUCAUGGGAGAGAGGCUGGUGGAAAACUCUGAACAACCUCAGGAUCACAGGGGUGUGCAAACCCCUCCAUCACGGUAAGAUAGUGAUUCAUCAAAGGAGAGUUGCUUUUAACAUACAUACACACAAAGAAAAUGAAAAGUGUGUUUGUUUGUUUUUGCCUUAGACAUUUUAUGAGGUUCUUUUUCUUCCUCUGGUUCUAAAACAUCCGUGUUUUCAGAAGUUUCAGACUUCAGAAGCUACCUCUGUUAUUGCUUGACAAACGUCACUUUGUUCUGAAAUGAUGGGAUUUUGGUCGGCUUCAGAAUUUGAUGAAGUUUGUGAAGCUGCAACUUAAAUUUGGAUUGUUUCAUAGAUAGACAUUUGUUCAGAAGAAGGGUCUGUUUAUUCAGGAAUCGUUCCCUGAACCAGUUCAACAAUGAAGGCCUUAGUGGUUUUCUUUUCUUCUUGUUCCCGGAUUAUUUGAGCAGAUUUGACCAUUUUAUAGGUCACAUCUGUUAAAAGAAUGGUAAAUCUAUUUGCAGUGUCAAAUUCAGAAAUCAGUUCAGAAAAUGAGAAGUUAGACAGAGUUUCAACAUCUGAGUGACUUUUAGCUCUAGUAAAUGUAUUUAUUUAUAAGUAAAUUUUAUUUAUAUAGCACUUAUCACAGACAUAGAAUCACAAAGUGCUUCACAUAGAUCAAAGCAAAAUAAAACAAAGUCAUAAAAUCUUAAUGAUCUCAAAACAGAAAUAGAUCAACAUCAGAAAAAAUAAAGUCAUAAAAUUAUUAAAUAUCAUAAAACAAAUAAAAGAUUAUUACAAAUUUGAGUUAAAAAUUACAAAACAAAAUAUGUCAAAGCAGCUAAAAGGGUCUUUAGCUGUUUUUUAAAAGUGUCCAGACUGUCAGUGCUGCGUAAGGAUAAAGGAAGACUUUUAUAUCUGGUCUUUGGAACUUUUAAACGGCAGCAGAAUGCCACUGUUUCAUACCAAGGUCAAGGUCACAUUUAUUUCUAAAGCACACUUAUUGUUGCUUCCACAACCCAAAGUGCUGUAUAACACAGAAGAUAAAAUCGCAAGAAAGUAUAACUAAAAACCAUAAAACCAUAAAAAUCAACAAGUUAGGAUAAAAACAGCAUUACUGUUUCAAACCAGCAGCGAGGCAACAAUUACCGCCCAAAAGAUAGGAUCGGGUUCUAUUUUUGCCACGAGCCGCUUCUGGGA